AGCAGUAGGACACAGAGGAGAGCAACUACAACACCUUAUUAACGAGACUCCCACACGAUCAAUUGUUUCACCAAUCGACUUCGACUGUACAGCCAUAGCCUACGGCAAAGAACAUUAUGGAGGUACUCCUAGGCAUCACGGGCAAGGACUUCACCAUCAUCGCCGCCUCAAAAGCGGCUAUGCGAGGUGCCACCAUCCUGAAGGCCAGCGAUGAUAAGACCCGGAAGCUUAACAAGCAGACGCUCAUGGCAUUCGUCGGAGAGGCUGGCGACACAGUUCAAUUCGCAGAGUACAUCCAGGCCAAUAUUCAGCUAUACAGCAUGCGAAACUCGAUCGAUCUGACGCCCUCGGAGACGGCAUCAUUCGUACGAUCGGAGCUCGCAAAAUCGUUACGAUCACGUUCACCAUACAACGUCAACCUUCUCCUGGGCGGCUUCGACUCCAUUACCAACAAACCGCAGCUGUACUGGAUCGACUACCUCGCAUCAUGUGCAUCCUUACCGUAUGCUGCACAUGGUUACGCGCAAUACUACUGUCUCAGCACUCUUGACAAGCACCAUCAUCCCGACAUCGACUUUGAGCAGGGCAUGAAGAUUCUGAGAAUGUGCACAGAUGAGCUUAAGAGACGGUUGCCGAUUGACUUCAAAGGAGUUUUUGUGAAGGUUAUUACGAAAGACGGUAUCAGAGACGAGCCAUAUGAGGACGGUGCACCUGUGUAUGCGCCGUGAAGGGAUUGAUUUUCUCUGGAUCGGCGCUGGGCGUCUAGGUGUCAUUACAUGCAUUUGCAGCUGAAUCCCAGCAGCGAGACGAGUCAAUAGCAAACGAGGAAUGUGUCAUGAGCUCUCGGUCAUUCUAUCCUCGUUGUUGCUCUGCCGCAGUAG